UUAUGUUAUGAAAUCAGAUUAAUUAAUAUCUUGUAACUUAUUAAUUUCAGGGAAAGUGGACUAAGGUCCUAAUAUUUACCAUUGCAUCAGCUGUGUUAGGUUCAUCUUUGCAGUUUGGGUAUAAUACAGGUGUUAUUAAUGCACCUCAGCAGGUUAUUACAGACUGGAUCAAUGAUAGUUACUAUGAUAGGAAUAGUGAUGUGUUGCCAGAGGAUACGGUUGACUUUUUGUGGUCGACCACCGUUGCUAUCUUUGCCAUUGGUGGGAUGAUUGGCUCAUUCUCUGCAGGCCCUGUGGCCAACUACUUUGGAAGGAAGCGUGGCCUGAUGUUGAAUAAUAUUUUGGCACUAAUCGGAGCUGUGCUUAUGGGCUUCAGCAAUAAGGCAAACUCUUACGAAAUGCUGAUUAUUGGACGAUUUGUGAUUGGCAUUAACUGUGGCAUAAACACUGGAAUUGUUCCAAUGUACCUGUCGGAAAUUGCACCAUUCAACCUUAGAGGAGGCAUUGGAGUUCUAAAUCAACUUGGUGUUACUUUUGGUAUCUUACUCUCACAGGUCUUAGGCCUCACAGAAAUCCUUGGCACACAGACGUUGUGGGGGAUUUUGCUUGGAUUGACAGCUGUACCUGCUAUUUACCAAUUAAUUACUUUGCCAUUUUGUCCAGAAAGUCCAAGAUAUUUGCUCAUAAAUAUAGAUGAACCAAAAGAAGCAGAAAAAGCAUUAAAGCUGUUACGGAAUACGGUGAAUGUCAGUGCUGACAUCAGCGAGAUGCAAGUGGAGUAUGAGGAGGAACAGAAAGAAGAGAAGAUUUCCGUUCUGCAACUUUUAAAGAUGAGAUCGCUCCGCUUACCGCUGAUCAUCAGUGUCGUUAUGCAGUUGUCACAGCAGCUCUCAGGCAUCACUGGAGUGCUAUACUACUCUACCUCUAUUUUCGAAGAUGCUGGUAUUGAGCCUGAAAAAAGUGCAUAUGCAACCCUCAGCACGGGGUCAGUAAUGGUCAUUAUGACGAUAGUCACGAUUCCACUAAUGGACAGAGUAGGACGAAGAACACUUCAUUUAUGGGGUCUGGCAUUAAUGAUAUUGUGGGCCAGCAUUUUAACAGUUUCCCUGGCAACCAAGGAUUCAUGGGAAGGAUCGGCGUACUUGAGUAUUAUAUGUGUCAUUGCCUUCGUUGUCGGUUUUGCACUUGGGCCAGGAUCAAUUCCAUGGCUGAUUGUAGCCGAGUUGUUUUCACAAGGUCCACGAGGAGCUGCCAUUAGUGUUGCGUUCUUCAUUAACUGGUCGGCAAAUUUUUUAGUUGGAUUAACAUUUCCGCUCUUACAGAAAUCGUUAGAUGCCUAUGUUUUUGUCAUCUUUAUCAUCCUUCUUGUACUAUUCUGGUUGUUUACCUACAAGUUUUUACCGGAAACAAGAAAUAAAAGUUUUGAAGAAAUAUCUGCGAUAUUCCGCAGAAAUGUCAAUAAACCAGAUAGUGAAUAUGAGCAUUUAUUGGAUAACUCCGCAGAUUAUGACUCCUGUUAAAUAUCUUUCAGGUACUUCCUUAAUUCAUAUUUAGAAUGCUCUUUCAAAAGUUGUACAUUACACGCAAAUGUGAAUUUAUGAUCUGCACCACAACCAAUGACUGCACUGACAUCUACACAAGGACUUUAAAACUCUUUCAUCUACGGGUGCUGCUUUUCAGCUUUGGGUGAAUGCAAGCCUGGCAUUGAUUUAGUUAUUAAAAUGACACUUCACAUUUAGAAUUGUAGCACUCACUUGCAUGAUGUGGACUUACUACCUCUGUGUGUAUGUACGUAGGGUGUGCCUUUCUCAACAAAAUUCAUGUAACCGACAGUUAACACAGGACCCUUUUGGAAGGCAGGCUCCAUUGCUACUUUAGGACGAUGGUGGUGAUAUGAUGACUGCUAAUAAUCAUUUGUAUUUUUAUGUAGUAUUUAAAUAAAGUAUAGUAAAAUACCAAACUUACAUGAAUAUUAAUUUUCAAAUGGAUAACACCUUCUUCAAUGAUAAACAUUUAUUCUACCCAUGAGACAAAAUAUAUAUUUGGCAUGUAAGGCAGAAUUCUCACCAAAGUCAUGCACACAAAUAAUAUGGGCAAACUGUCAAGAGAGAUGAUUUGUUAAGCAUCUGCUCUCUUUAGCGCCAAUCUGAUUUAGAUAUUUAUUUAAUUUGCAUUAAUUUUUAAAGUUGUGUACAUUUUGUUUUUUGUUGUAUCAAUGUUGACCAGAAAUUUGUUUGUCCACUGUUCCUUUUUGAUGAAGCGAAUGAGUGAUGAACACAGUAAUUAGUUGGGUGAUGGGUUCACUUAAUAAAAUAACACAAUAUUGUAUCAUUCAAGCCACGAUCCUCUUUGCCCAGAAUUUGUUUUGGCACGACACUGAAUCUGCAGAUUGUACUUGUAUUUAUUAUUGUUUUAAUUUUUGCUUGUAAAAUUAGUGCAUUUGAUCCUUUGUGCUUUGGCUUCUUUCACUUUGAACGUAGACACAACCUUGUCUAUAGAAGCCUGUUUGUUCACUUUCUGCACCUUCAGUUUCAUUGGAAGAUUUUUAUGUUGGUUUUUAAGAAAGAU